AUGUUCCCCAAAAUUAUCCUAGCUGGGCCACUUAUGCUAUUUGAAGCCCACCCACGCCCACCAGAGACCAUUGAUCAGUGCGACAACCUCCUACUCUGCAUUGCCAAUUCGCCUCGUCUCGAAAACGCCGAUUCAAAACAGCGCUCGGCCGCCGCCGCGUGCCUGGCCAGCCUCCUGUCCGUCUGGCUGCGCGAACAGCCGCCUGCGACGACGCCAGCCGACUUGACCUGGCUGGUGCGUCACGCCGCCUCCACCAAUAGCAUUGGCGCAGUGCGGGUCCUCGUGGGUCAAGCCAAGGAACACUGUUCUCCGGGGGUCCUGAGCGAAGUCAGGGCUGCUGCGUUGCUCGCGGCUGCACACAAUGGAUAUGCGGAUAUGGUUCAAUAUUUAGUUGAUCAAGAGGGCACGGAUGUCAUGGCAACCAACGAUGACGGCGAGACGGCUCUGGACCUUGCUGUCAGCCACAACCGUCACGAGGUGAUUCGCUACCUCCUGCCGCGCUUCAUCGACCGACAGCUGCUCCAGUCCGCCCCCGAUGUGAGGCUGCGUAGACCUCGGUCCAGUUCCCUUGCAGAAAUCCGCCUUCAGCCCGCAUCCUCGUGCCUUCCAUCGCCGUUUCAACUGCGAAAAUCCCGACCACCUCACCUGGAUCCGACCAGGCGCAUCUCGAUUCACCUGGACACGUUGCCGGCCUACGACCACCACCACCAGCCACUCUACGCCGAAGUGUGUCUACUCGCUGGAGACAGACCUCCCAUUCCUUCAGAAUCUCGCACAGCGCGAACUACUAACUCCAUCGACUUAUCACUUACAAUUCAUCGUAGUCAUACCGAGUCGGAUCAUAGCUCCCUCACCACCACCACCACCACCACCACCACCACCACCACCGCCACCACUGUGUGCUAUGGCGAACCAGACGUGAAGGAGUGCCACUUCGUCACAAUAUCAGGCACUAGUUCCCCCUCCCAAUGUCGACAUUACCUCUCAGCGUGUAGGAAUUCGCCAAACCGACUCACCAUCUGCUACUCAACUCAAGGUCAGGUCAGAUUCAAGGGAGCAACAUUUUCGCUGAAGGGCCAACCACUUCAGUUAAACAAAUGA